CUUGCUCUUUUUAAAUCAUCUUAGCAUCUCACAUUCCGUAUCUCAUGCCAAAACACGUCCCUACAUUCAAGCACCUCCUAUACUCUUCACAGUCACGCACUCCGCAGCAGAGCCAGCCACAGCCAGCACCACAAAGAAGACGGCCAGGGCCUCGAGGCAUCCCUCCCUAUAUCGUUGGAGAAAAUGUAUGGUCUCCAAACACUUCCGGGGGUGUAGAUGCCACCCUGCUCAUGGACCUUGAUCAUGGUGCCAUACACCCCGCUGAGCUCUUGCGUCGAUUUGAACAUUCUCGUUGGGUGGCUUCUCGGACGACGGCAGGACCUGCAGCUCCCCCUUCAUGGCAUGCUGCUACAAGGCUAGCUUCCCGACCAAAGUUGACAACCCAGAUAACACAGGACUACCCGCCUGUUACCACAAACCAACUCGAAGAAGCGUCCUCCUUAUUCACCCAUCGACCAAGGCAGCGGAAAAAACCUAUCCCGCGGCUUUUGGACUUUUGCUUUGAUGUAAUUCUGAGGUAUAUGGAUGAUGAAUCGGUCAUCUAUGCUCCCGAACAUGGAGAAGAGAUUGAACAACAAGAUAAUGAGACAUACUCUAUGGGUCGUCUUUUACGCGAACAAACGACCUAUCUGGAACCGCAUCUCAAAACCGACCUUGUCGACGCUGCAUCCCUUCUCCCAGAAACGUCCAAGCACAUUUCAGACCGCGCAUAUAAAGCUAUGCUGUAUGAUCUUCCUCCCGAUAUAUCCGAGGAAGAAGAUACUGUACAUGAAAAUGACUGGGACACUCCAGAUGUAGACGCCCAUCUCACCCAUCUACCUCUUACCCUUCAUUCUUCUCCUGUUACAUUCCUUCGAAGCGUUCCUUCGGUAUCAUCCCUCACAUCUAUCAACAUUGCAUACUCUAUAAUACCAGAUCUGGAAGGGCUUGUCAACGUACUACCGAAGGGACUGAGAGAGUUGGGGCUGGCAGGGAUCAGUAUCAAGAAUGGAGAGGACAGCGUCAAGAAAGGGUUCAUAAGGCUGGCGCGAAAGCUGAUUGUUCUAAAGGUACUAGACCUUUCGCACCCGCGCUUUUUUCUUCCCGUCUCCACAUUGACGACGUUUCUCCAUCCGGCCGAGACACACCUGCCUUCGCUCAGAAAAUUAGGUAUGCGCGGCGUUCAUUCACAGCAGAUGGCCGGCUCGUUUGGCAUAUCAGCCCUUCCUGGUUCGACGGAUGACGGUCGAAAUCGAGAAAAAGAGGCGAAGCGCGGGAUAGAGAAUAUUAUCAGAGGCGGCGGGAGGACGAGAUGGGUUGAAAUCAUAUGGGGAGACGACGAGGAUCUGUUGUAGUAUGUACAAAUUAGGCGUUGUAUUAGGCAAAUGCAUGUAUUGAG